CCGGCUGUGGAACAUUCGCUGUCAUGCACGUGUACGCUUCGUUGGUGCCGACCACUGUGCGCAGCAAAGUCGACGGGGAAGGACAAGUCCUUCUCCAUGACAUUCAGGAACUCGAGGCGUUGCUACAAGAAGGUCGAUUCGACAAGGUCGCGGGACACCAAUUUCGCGCGGUGGAAACGUAUUUCAGACUCAAGUACACGCUUUCACAUCCAUUGUCUGUGAACAUUAGCCAUGGCCUCGUGAAGUACGUGUUCCAAUUUCGUCCUGCGCUAGAAAAGCGCGUGAAAGCGCUCAAUACUGUCAUGUUGGUGCUCAAGAAAACACGCAAAGCGCACCCUGAAGCACCCAUACAAACUCAAAUCAGUUGGGAAACUCCGUUGGACGAAUGGGAAGCCAACUUCUACGCGUCCCCGCUGCCCAUCCAACACUCGGCGGACGAAUACGUCACCCAGUACAAGUGUACACUCGUCAAGUUUCUCGCAAAAGCUCGCACGUAUUAUCCCCAGGAUGCGUCCCUCUGGUUCCGCCUUGCUGCUGACUUUUCUCAAACCAACGAAGAAGUGAGUUUGAAGGCCGCCGCGCAAUUGUCACUUCUUUGGCCUGCGGGCGGCGACGCGGCAUCCCUCGUCGGUUCAACCUGGAUAGAUCUCUGGGGGAACAUGAAUGCUCAGCCUGAGUGGGAUUUCCACUGGCUUCGGCUUUUUGCGCGCGUCGUCAAGCACCAGCAGCUCUGUCAGACGUUCGACAUCACCCACUGGGCCCCCCAUCUACCCUUCAUCUUCUCCAAGAUUCAACAAGCGUUCCAUCUUCCCUCCGACUUGGGUGCGACGCCUGCCAAGGGAAAGUACCCAUCCGUUUUAAGUGGGUGGCACGGUGACAAAACGGCCUUGUACUACGCGUCCAAGCUGUCAGUCGAGUUGCUCGAGAACUCCCAGUGCACGCUCUCGUUGCUCCAGCGAUUGCUGAGUCUCAUUACGCCGUUCUAUCACCCAUCAAGCGCGGGAAACGCGGCGAAUGGGAUAUCGGACUUUGUGUACUACGUGUCGGCAUUUCUGUCACUACGACUCGGUCGAGAAAAAGCGCGCGGUCAAAAGCUAGUUGGCCACGACGAGCUAGUUGCCAAGCUCGUGGACCUGAGCUUCCUCGGUUUGUACUCGAAAAGCCAGAGCGUCUCGUCGAAGGCAAGCUUCACCUUUCGAAACGCCAUCACGAUCGUGCCGUCGCUCGCACCAUCCAUCGUGGAAAAGAUUCUACGGGGUCUCGACCCGUCGGCGCUCAACCAAACUCACCAAGCGCCGAGCGCUAUCUCAGCACUCACGGUAUGUGGGCCAGCACUCCUCCGCGGAGAUCUUUCGUGGACAGAACAGCACUUGCCGCUGGUGCUGCAGUGGACGUUGCCGGGUAUCGACCCAAACGACGAUGGCAAGACAAGCCGAACACUGCAGCUGUACAGCUCGUGGCUCAUGUACCUUCCCUUGGCCGACGAUACGCUCCGCUCACGCGCCUCGCCAAGCGCCGUGGCGACAUCGCUAACUGCCGCCUUGGAUCAGUCACAGGUGUUUGAGCCCCGCGUGAUGUCUUCCGACACGUCGGACGCGCUCUGGCGCGCCGGACCCGUACUCGAGUCGUGGGUUCUCGUACUUUUGGACAGGUUAUUCUUGCUGUUUCGCAACCACGACAAGCCGGCGGCGGCAUCGUCGUCUGACUCGAAGAAGGGCAGUGACGCGUUUCAAGUUGCGCUGCACACACAACUCGUUUUACACCAGUUGUUUGUUCAGUUGUCGCCGCCGCUGUACAAACUCGCCCUACAGCGCGUUGUCACAUUUCUCCAAUCGUCAUUUCUGCCUCAUGCAGGCAAAGCAAUCGCCGGUCUCGUCCGCGCCGCAACAAGUCCAUCGCCUGAAUUGGCCAUUCAAAAGAUUCUCCUCCCUGCGGUUGACGUCAUCACCAAAUCGACUUUUGGUGAUCAAGAACUACUCAUGCAACUGCGCCACGUCGACGGAGUCGUCGCGCGCGCGUCUGGUACCCACUUGAUGCCACACAGCGCCGCGAUUCGCAAAGUCCUGUCCGUCACAAGCGCCCAUGCAAAUGCGAAAGUUGUAAAGUUGGGGUGCAAGAUUCUCCGCCACUUGCUUGGCCGACUCACGGGUACAUACCAGCCCGACCACUCGAGGUCGUUGCCUCCUGCAGCUUGGACGGACGGAGUCGACAACGGCGGGCUCUCAACCGUGUAUGUGGGCUUGACCACAUCGUGGGGCAACGUUGACAUUGUGUGGCACGAGCCGUCCGAAUCAGAGCUCGUGUUUGCGGCCGAAUUGCUCCAGACUUAUGUCGUGGACGCUUUGACUGUUUUAUCCGACUUAAUGGCGGGCGGUUCAGCCAAAGAUAACGCCAGGGCUUGGCGCGGGGCACUUCGAGGGAUUUUGCACGCCGUGCGAGGGGCCAAGAACGUGUUGCUGGAUCGAUUAAGUACCGUCGACGGCCCAUCGCCGAUGCUACGCCAGCCGAUCGAAUUCAUCGAGUCGACUCUGGCAAGCCAUCCGGACGUUGCCGACGUCUUCUUGUCUCUGCGAGUGACGCUGCUACAGACACUCCAUCACGUUCAAGCAUACUGGACGGCGAAGGAGCUCCAGGCGGGUGAUCCCAUCCGCACUCAGAGUCUUCGCUAUGUCAUACGCAUCCUGACCCGGCUGCUCCACCCAAGCGACGCGACCCAGCCCUCCAACAGCCAAAUUCAUGCCAAAUGGCGCAAACUGAGCGCGCGAGAUGUUGCAUCGGCGGGUCUUCACUGGAAGAAACCCAAGACGGCGUCGUCGAUUCCCCUCUGGCCUCGACGAAUGAUGCAAGACCGUGUCCUAGCCCUGUAUUCGGAAUUCUUGUCCUACCGCAGCUUCCAGUGGAGCCGCGCGAUUCGAACUCACCCCGAGUGGUUUGUCACCCCCGGCUUGUACACGGAGGUGGUCUCAACGAGCUUAACCGAUCUGCUCCAGUUGAGCCUCGUCAACGACUCAAAAACGCGCCAGGCAGCGCAGGCCAGCUUGGACGGCAUGCUCAAGCGAUACAGCCCAUGGCUUGAGACGCAACUCCCGUUCCUCGUGGGUGUCGUGCGCACAUCGACCGAGAAAGACCACGUGACUGGCGCGCUGCAUGUGCUCCAGCUCGGCCGGUCGCUGCAUACUGUGUGGAAGAAGUGGACGACUGUUCAAGCGCUCAUGGUUGCACUGUGUCACGCGAGCGAGCCGAAGGCGCGACUGUCCAGUCCCGACGAUCAAAUCAAAACCCAGACGCGGGCGUUGAAGGUGUUUUUCCUGUUACUCCACACGCUCCGGGACACCAAAGGGAUCGAAGGCGUCAGUUUGGACCCGUUGCUUGCGCUGGAACCGCAAAUGCAGUCGCAUUGGCGUCAUCAACUCAUGUUUCUUGCAUGCUUUUUGCCAUGGAUUCGUACAGACACCACAUUGCCGACGCCAGUUUGGCAUGUCGUCCUGCGCGGAAUCAGCAGCGACGUCCCCCAAUUGCAACACUUUGGUCGGAUCCUGCUCUCCCGCCUGUUGAAAGCCCAUGCGGCGCUGUCCACCAACGGACCAGUGCCAGACUUGGUAUUUGCCCCUGAGACGCUCCAAACCCUCGCGAAAGAUAUGGUCGCAAACCAUAAGAGCUCUGCACGGUCCGCUGACGGCCAAAGUACCGACAAUUCCCCCGCGCGAUGGUCCCUCGGCGUGGGCGAGCUGUUCCAACUUGUGGAACAAGAGCGAUUUCCCCCGUUUGCCUUGUCAUUUGGACAGCUGUCGAGUGAAAACAUCAACUUACAUCAUGUUGCACUCGUCCAGCGCUUGGCACGACAAGCUGCUGGCCGAAACAUCGACCUUGCAGCGCGGUGGACACCUGGAAUCGACACGUUAUUGGCGGAUGCGACCGAUGAACGCCGCGCGUCGCUGUGCACCGUCGGAGAGAUCCUUGUAGGCAUUGCAACGACGACCCCGUCGUUUGCAGUCCUCCCGUGGUUGCAGACCAUCUUGCCCAAGCUAAGCGUGCCGUAUGCCCAAGACUGGUACGACGUCGUGCUGAUUCUCACACGCCACGGCGCAUCCCUCGAAGGCCUCGUCGAGUACGUCGUGAGCCAAUUGGAGCUGGCGUUCCAAGAUGCUGCGUCGGCGAACCACGACGGAUUGAACCAAGUUCGGUGGCUAGUGUUGGUGCAGCCAUUGCUGUUGAACCCGUUGCUCGCGACAGGUUCCAUUGUGGCUCGCGUCCACACCGUUGCCCGCCUUGGACUCUCGCAUCCGUACGAAUCAGUUCGCGAGCAAGUGGGUGCCGUUCUGUACAAGCUGUCUCUUCUCGCGCAACCGACCGAGGCUGCAUUGCGCCAUCUCGUAGAAGGUAUUUCCUUUGACGCGACGGUCGUUGUCGAAGCAGAAUUGAACGCUCGCAAAUCGCUGCUCAACCUGAUCGCCACGUACAUUCACAAGGGCGAUUCGAUGCACUUCUCGCCUCUCUUGGCGCUCUUUCCCGUCGUGUUUGACACGCAAUCGUACCCAGAACCGGACGUGGCGCGAUCGGCCCGCGCCGUCGUGGAUACGCUUUCGAACAAGCUCCGGCUGUCAGAUGAAGACACGUAUACACGCGUCGUGGACGUGCUGGAAGCGGCGCUCUCGUCGCCGUCGUGGCGGUCCCGUGGCGCCGCGCUGCGUUUCGUCACGGUGCUCAACUUUCACCAUGGGUUGCUGCAGUGGUCCAAGCCGCGGAUUCAAGCAAUGCUAAUCUCGCGCUUCAUGGACGACAAGCGUGACGUUCAAGAAAUCGCCCAGUACGCGCUACGAAGUUUUGUGCGAACUCUCGACGACAGCGCCGUUGCCGCCCUCGCCACUUCCUUCCUGAACGCGGCCGCCACCGCCCGGAAGGCGCGCGUGAAGAAGGAGAAGCAGGUCAAGCGCCACCGCAUCCUCAUCGAACGCAACGGACCCGAGCGAGACGACUCAAUCAAGAAGCUUCACGCACUUCAGGAAGAAGACGACUCUACGCGCGAUGUUCAAACCGUCCAGGGAUGCUUUGGCAUGGGCGCGGUCGUGUUGGCGUACCCGUACUCUGUGCCGCCGUUUGUGCCGGCAGUUCUCGAGGAGCUGUCAUUCCACUUGCACUUGACCGGCCGUGGGGUGUCGUACAUGUCAGAAAUCGUCAAGUCCGUCCUGCUCGAGUUCAAGCGGACCCAUCAAGACAGCUGGCAUCAAGACAAGGCCGCGUUUACGCCGACGCAGCUGGAAGCGAUUCAGGAUAUCUUGAUCUCUCCUCAUUACUACUCGUAGACGCACAAGGUAGACUAUGCUUGAAAAUGCAAUAUUGGCAUUGCAUGUGUCGGCCGAACCAACGAAUGGUCGCACGGGACUGUUCGACGCAUGCAAUGUGCACCGCGUGGGUCGGUCGUACGAGCCAACGCACAUGGAUGGCUGGUAGAAGUGUCCAAGCAACACAGUUUGAUAUUUUCCAACGUGGUCGACACAUGUAAGGAGGACUACACUCGAUCGUGGCGACACCAUCAUCAUCCUUCUUGCGAG